AAGAUGAAGCAUUUUUUUAGUUCUUGGUUCUUUCUGGCAGUUCUUUCAUUGCAGUUUUUCUGCAGUGAAUCCCUACAAGAGGCCAAGUCUCCAGGGGACAUUAUUAUUGGAGGUUUGUUUCCCAUACACGAAAGUGUUGAUGCAAAGGAACAAUGUAACAGGUUCAGCGUUGGGCGGCUGACCCAGUCUCUGAUAAUGGUUCAUGCAAUAGAGGAGAUAAAUCGGAGUGGAGAGCUGGGGAACAUCACUCUGGGCUAUCACAUUGUGGAUUCUUGUGGGGAUGUUACCACAGCGCUGAGAAACAGUCUGCGCUUCAUGAAAAUGAACGGAAAUUUCAACACAGAUAGCAAACAGCAGUCCUCCCCACCUGUGAUGGCCGUCAUAGGUGAUUACCAUUCAGAAAUAUCUAUGGCAGUGACACGGCAACUUAACAUGGAGAAAAUCCCUCAGAUCAGUUAUGGUGCUACAUCUGGCCUCCUAAGUGAUAAAACUCGUUUUCCAAGCUUUCUGAGGACUGUACCAGAGGACGAUCACCAAGCACAGGCCAUCAUUCAGAUUCUGAAGGAUCACAACUGGAACUGGGUUGGAAUUGUCGCAACAGAUGGUGAAUAUGGCCGUUACGCAAUUGAACGUCUCCAACAUCAUGCAGCCAGCCAAGACAUCUGCUUUGCAUACAUCAAGUUCUUGCCAGAGUUUCUGGUUGACAGCAACCUUGAAGACAGCAUCAGGGACACAGUCAAAAGUGUCAUUGAAAAUCAAAAUGUCUCAGUCAUCGUGUCCUUCGCCAAACCCAGCCACAUGAUGUACAUGUUUGACAAUGUUCUUAAGCAUCACAGAGGGAGAAAAAAAGUUUGGAUAGCCAGUGAUAACUGGUCACAAGCCGUUGAUUGUCUGAAUACCACAAGAUGGAAUUUGAAAGAUGUCGGAACAGUUUUUGGAGUAACCCUCAAAUCUGGAAACUCAUCCAGGUUUGAACGGUUCCUGAGGAAUCUAACUAACAACUCUGAUCAGUACGAGAACAAGAACUCCUUUUUGAUGGAUUUUUUAAAAGGGAAUGAUGACUCUAACAACGGUUCAAAUACUUCCAUCGAAUUCAAGAUUAAUCAGUUAGUAAACAUGACAUAUCUGUACGCCGUCCUCAGUAUCGAGCUGGCAGUCAAAGCAAUCGCUCAGACUGUUAAAGACCUGUGCGUCACCAAGAAGUGUGACAUAUCCACACUGCAACCUGGAGAGUUCAGAGAUGCCUUGAAAAAAGUCAAAGUCUCCUUGGACGGGACAAAUUAUUCAUUUAAUAAGCACUCCGAUGUCGACACAGGGUAUGAUAUUAUCAUGUGGAGGUACUUGUCAGGAACAACUUUGGAUAUGAACUACCAAGUUGGUCAUUAUGACAUAAAACGAGACAGACUGAUGGUUACCUCAGAAAUUAACAAUUUAUAUCAUCAGACUAAAAAAGUAAGUUCAAGGUGCUCAGUAUGUUAUCCAGGCGAGAUGAAGGUCAGACGGUAUGGCCAGCCAGUCUGUUGCUACCAGUGCAAAAAGUGUCCAGAAAAUUUUUACUCCAACACCACUGAUGCUUCACUUUGCUUGGAAUGUGAUAACACCACCGAAUACUCAAAAGUGGGCAGUAAUCGCUGUGUGAAGAAAACAAUUGACUUCCUGAGAUGGACUGAUCAGUAUCAUAUUACGCUGCUGGCUUUCUCUGCUCUCGGAGCUCUUCUCUGCCUGGUGGUUGGCAUCAUCUACCUGGUCUGCUGGAAAACGCCAGUCGUACGCUCAUCUGUUGGCCCCAUCUCCAUCCUCCUCCUCUUCUCGCUUUUGAGUACAUUUGGAUGUGUGGUGAUAUUUGGCGGUGAACCCACAGACUGGCAGUGCAAAGCACGGCAGGUGUUAUUUGGGUUGAGUUUCACAUUGUCCGUGUCCUGCAUCUUGGUAAAGUCGUUUAAGAUCAUCUUGGCCUUUGAAUUUGACCCUGUAACACAAGACAUCCUAAAGAAGCUCUACAAGCCUUACCUCAUUAUUCCAUUGUGCAUGGCAGGUCAAGUGCUGAUCAUCACUGUGUGGCUUGCUUAUAAGCCUCCAAAGCCAAUGAAGGAUUAUAAAUAUUCAAACGAACUACUUGUCUUGAACUGUUAUGAGAAUUUGUUUCCGGCGUUUGGGGCCAUGCUAGCCUACAUUGGCCUUUUAGCAAUCAUCUGCUUCAUUCUUGCUUUUAAGGGGAGAAAGUUGCCUCAAUGUUACAACGACGCCAAAUUUAUCACGUUUUCUAUGCUUAUUUAUCUUAUUGCCUGGGUCAUCUUUGCUCCAGUUUAUAUGUAUGUCCAGGGCAAGUACAAAACAGCGAUCGAAAUGGCCGUUAUCCUCAUCUCGGCCUAUGGCAUCCUGUUUUGCCAGUUCUUCACAAAAUGCUACAUCAUUCUGUUCAGACGGGAGGAAAACAAAGAGGAAAAGUUUCGUGAGAGUAUUAGGAGCUUUGCAAUGAAAGACAGAGAUUCAGUGAGUUCCAGAGGAAUUGAAAAUCUAGCUCUAUCAACAGAGUCCCUGACAAGCCCAGAAACAUCAAAGCCUCAGCGGCGGGAGUCCAUAAACUCCAUUGUGAAACCAUUCUACCAAGAUCCGGUCUCAGAUACCCAGCCAACCUUGCAGGAAGAUGAAAAGCAGCAAAACAAACUGAUCCCGUGAUAUACAAACUUAUCACCUUGGGCACAGAAAUAAUUUAGAAAAGUAUGUUGAAAAAUAAUUUACAGCUGAAGAAAAGCAUGUCAAACAUGAUUAACAAUUACCAGAUUACAGAAUUUUCAAAACUUUUAUGAUUCUUAGUCAGUUAUGACAGGUGAUCCUAAUUGGUAAAUUAUUUAUUUAGCUUAAUUUCUAAUGUGGGGCUGCACAGUUGGCAGCACUGUUGACUUGCAGCAAGAUGGUUGUGGAUUUAAAUCCCAGCCUGGGGUCUUUCUGCAUAACGUUUGCAUGUACGUCAUGUGAAUGUGUGGGUUCUCUCCAGGUACUCUGUCUUCAUCCCACAAUCUAAAAACAGGACUGUUAGGUCAAUCAGUCUCUCUAAAUUAACCCGAGGUGCGAGUGUGUGUAUGGUCGUUUGUCCCAUGUGUCUCUGUGUUGCCCAGUGAUAGAUUGGCAACCUGACCAGGGCGUGUCCCGGCUCUUGUGCAAUGACCACUGUGACCCUGCAUGGAUGGGCAGUAAUAGACAUUAUAAACCCAGAGUAGCUUUCUGUCAUUGGCGGUAGCAAAAGCUGAUAGACCAAUGUAUUGCUGGUUCUUUGAAUUAGUUAUAUAAGUAAUCUGUUGAUUAACAUAAAACCUGUGAAAACAUAAGCAAAGAAAUGAAAUAAAAGCACAAUCACUGAAUGAGAUUCCUGUUUAUCUCUCUAGAUUUUUUUUUUUUUACAGGACAUUUUUAUUUUCUAAACACUUUGAGAAUUUUGUUUAGUGAUCUCUUCAAAUUUGGAGGUUUCCAUUUGUCUACUUGAUUGCAUUGUUUUCAAAAUGUAUGAAUUGGGUCAAAUCUUUUGACCAUUUUGGUAUCAAUCACAAGCAUCUCACUUCAGUUUUGCCCCUCUCCUCCUGUCAGAACUGGUGAGACUAAAUCAGGUAGUUAGGCCAUUUUGCUGCCACACACAUCUUCCGCUCUGCUUACAUACUAUAUUCUUUGGGACUGAUACUUCUUUGAGGCUUUAACUUCCUGACUGAUGUCUGAGGAUGCUGAUUCAGUAUUUCUAAAAAAUAUUCUUUCCUCACGAUGGGAUUUUUUUUUGUAAAAUGCACCUCUCUCUCUCUUGCAGCAUAACACUUGCACAACAUGAUGUUACCACCACUGUACUACACAGUUUGGAGGGUAUUUGGAGGCUUACAAGCUUCCCCGUUAAAUGUAACAAUGUUAAUUAUGGCCAAACAUUUCAAUGUUAGGUUCAUCUGAUCAUGUCUCAUGAAAUUAAGGUCUUUCAUCCUGAGUGCAUCUGCAAUCUUGAAAUCUCUCUCGUUAUUUUUUACAACACCUUUUUAAAGAUCCUUCGGUGCUGAUUGAUCUUACAGGCCUUGUUGGUACGGGGCUCGUUUGUUUGCGGAUGGUCUUUCUUUCCAGCUUCAGACAGCAUUUUCACAAAGGACUUUUGUUUUUUUCUGGGGUUGGUUUAUACAUCUUAACCCAAAACAAUUAAUCUCUACAACGUAAAACCUGUUUACUUCCUGAAUCGUAUGAUGGCUUGACAUUCCUACAUUUUUUCACUUGCAAAUAAAUCAUUAAACAGAUGAAGUUACCUUCAAGUAUCUGGAAAUUGUACCAUGGAGGAGCCAGGCUUGAGGAGGUCCACAGUUCUCUUCCUGUUGGCUAAUUUAUUAAAAUUUUCCACGAUGACAAAAAAAGAGACUGUGUGUCUGACUUGUGGCCUUAAACUACAUUCACCAAUAUGUCUCUAAUUAAGUGAAACAUUGUGAUUUAACCAAUGAGAAGCUAUCAAAUCCAUGACAUCAUCUUCAUCUUCGUGUUCGGUACACCUCACCAGGGAGGCGUCCAGGAGGCAUCCUAACCAGAUGCCUGAGCCACCUCAACUGGCUCCUUUUGACGU